AUGGAGUUAUCCGACAGCUUGGAGAGUGUUGGAGAUAAGAUAGCGCUUCAUCUGCUCAAUGACUCCAUUUUGAGUGGAAAUAUGAGCGCUUUGGACGAAGAGGAUGGCCUUCUGCCGACCGGAGUUAAGGUCACAGUGGUCGCGCUGUACUGCAUCGUGUGUGUAGUGGGACUUGUGGGGAAUUGCCUGGUCAUGUAUGUCAUCAUCAGGUAUACAAAGAUGAAGACGGCCACCAACAUCUAUAUCUUUAACCUGGCGUUGGCUGAUGCCCUUGUUCUGGCUACUCUACCUUUCCAAGGCACAGAUGUGCUACUAGGCUUCUGGCCUUUUGGCUUGACUCUCUGCAAGAUGGUGGUGGCCAUUGACUAUUACAACAUGUUUACCAGCAUCUUCACUUUGACCGUUAUGAGUGUGAAUCGUUACAUUGCUGUGUGCCACCCAGUGUGCUCACUGGCAGUGCGUACACCCAACAGAGCCAAGCUGGUCAAUGUUGCAGUGUGGGUACUGGCUUCUGCUAUAGGAGUACCUGUUAUGAUCAUGGGACAAGUGGAAGCGGAAUCCAAUGGUAUUGAAUGCAUGGUGGUGCUUCCUGAUCCUCAAAGCUACUCUGAGCCUGUAUUUGGCAUCUGUGUGUUCCUUUUCUCUUUUUUGAUUCCAGUGGCUAUCAUUAGCAUUUGUUACGGCUUGAUGGUGCGACGCCUGCGUAGUGUUCGUCUCCUCUCUGGCUCCCGCAGCAAGGACCGGAACUUGCGAAGAAUCUCACAGCUGGUGUUGGCUGUGGUGGCUGCAUUUGUACUCUGCUGGAUGCCUGUUCAGGUCCUCGCUCUGGUUCAGGCUUUGGGGAAGGUAGACCUUGGAGGCAGCCAGACCUCUGUAGCAGCAAUGCACUUCUGCAUUGCACUGGGUUAUGCUAAUAGCAGUCUCAACCCUGUGCUCUAUGCCUUCCUGGAUGAAAAUUUUAAACGCUGCUUCCGUGUGUUCUGUGUACAAACCAACACAGAUGUGGAACUGGAGCCACAGCAGAGGAAAUCAGUGAGGAAGGUGGAACAAGAGUUCAUACAAGGAAACGGAGUGGUUAAUGAAGCUGUUGCCAUUCCCAGGUGUGAAGUUUAG